AUGAACAUAUUCAUUCCAAAGGCACGGCGACCAACCUUCGAACUUCAUUUGAAAAUCCAAGAUUUGGCAAAUAUUCCUUUGGUCACUGGGCUAGUCUUUAUAAAAUGGAAUGUAGAUGGCAUUCAUGCUCGUGAUUGCAGCGGACAAACUAAUGGAGAACCUGUUUUGGAACAUAAAGUGGUUUGGGAUUACGACGCAACGACAAUAGUCCGAUUUGUCGUAGACAAUACUAAUACCCUUCGAGAACGAUUUUUAGAUUUUCAUAUUCUCAGUGAAUCUUACAGCAAUUCUGGAGCAACGAGGCUAGGUGUUUUGAAAAUAAAUUUAGCGGAAUAUGUCGGGGUCGGGUUAGAUUCUCGAAAAUAUUUACUUGCUGACAGUAAAAUAAAUGCUACUCUUCGUAUUGGCAUUGGAUUGAAACAACUAUCAGGCACUGAAAACUUUCAUGUUGCUAAAAAGCUUGGAAAACCUCAAGUGUUUAGCGGUUUGACUGGUUUAUUGACAGAAGGAAAAGAAAUAAAACGCAGGGAUGAUGAAGCAGCUAUUGCUCCUGGUCUUGCCUCAAACUGGGCUGAGAAAAUGCUUACUUCUAUUAAGGAUUUUAAUCAAAAGUCUAGUAUGUUUCAUAUGCAUACGAGAAAUAACAAAUACGACACCAAACAAAUCGUUGAUGACAUUUUUUUUUGGUGGAUCUGGCUGGGCCGAAAGGCCUGUAUUAUCGGAAAUUCCGGAUGA